UCCGCUCCGCCAUUUUUGUAGUGCUGGUGAAAACGAUAGCACGAAACGUGAAAUUUUUACAAUUUUGUGCAAGCAUUUCUUUCUGAAUCACCAGUAAAACAGUUGUAAAAUCAAGUACAAUGCCUGCUCUAGAUGAAAUCAAAUCCUCCUGGGCCGAUGAGGUGGAGUUGGAUUCCGGCUCCCUACCACCGCCAACCGAAAUAAUCGAGAAUGGCCAGAAGGUCGUCACCGAGUACAAGUACAACAAGGAUGACAAAAAAGUGAAAGUGGUCCGAACGUACAAGAUUACCCGGUUGGUUGUUCCGAAAAGUAUUGCCAGGCGUAAGAACUUGGCAAAGUUCGGUGAUUCGACGAGCGACAAGCCGGGCCCGAGCCCAGGAACCACAAUGGUAUCGGAAGAUACCUACAUGCAAUUUGUGAGCAACAAGGAGGAAGAACAAAAAUCGGACAACGCUUUGGAUACGCUGAAGAACAUUGCCAAGUGCCGUAUCUGCGAGGGUGAACAUUGGUCGGUGCAGUGUCCGUACAAGGGCACAACGUACGAGGCAGGAAAGGCCAAACCGGCCGUACCAGUGCAACAAGAGAUGGCUCCAACAACAGCAAAGAGUGGCAAGUACGUUCCUCCGAGUAUGCGUGAAAGCCAGAAGCCAGGUAUGGGCGGAAACCUGAGGGGACGUGACGAUACCACUGCUAUUCGCAUUUCCAACCUGUCGGAAGCUAUGACCGAAGCCGACUUGGAAGAGCUGGUCAAGAAGAUCGGGCCGCACAGUAAGAUGUUCUUGGCCCGUGACAAGAACACCGGUCUGUGCAAAGGUUUUGCCUACGUUCAUUUCAAAUCCCGCCGCGAUGCUGCUACUGCGAUUGAACUUCUCAACGGACACGGCUAUGAUCAUCUGAUUCUGAAUGUCGAAUGGUCCAAGCCGCAGAAUCCCCAGUAAGUUGCAAGUGUUGCGGAAAAGUAGAAUUUAAGAAAUAAGUUGUGGUACACGUUAUCUGCUCCAAGUUGAUUGUAAACGUAUUAUGGAAGCGAAACCAGUACGGAGGCAAAGCUAUUGAAUAAAUGCGAACAGGAGGAACAA